CAAUGACAUCGCUGUUAUGAUGUCAAAACAAACGGUUUACGGUUUUUUCAGUAUUUGAAAAAAGUGUAUAAUAAAACUUUUCUUCAGUUUGAUUAUAAAAGCUUUAAAAUGGAAGGAAGUGAACAGCAUGACUUUGCAGCAGCAGUAAUUGACAAUACUGUUCCAGUAGUGCGUGAAAUUAUCAAACACUUUAAAGAAUUUGACUUAUUCCAAGAUGAACUUCAGAUGGAUUGUGAGCAGGAUCUCAAAAUACUACAAACAUUUUUAGAUGAUAUCCAUGGUACCAUGUUCUCUGAUGCACUGAAAUCAAUAUGCAUGGAUGAUAAAGAGGAGGGAGGUUUGAAAGAUUUGCAGAAAGAAACUAAUAUACUAAAGCAAAUGCAAAAUGACCUAGAAUCUAAAAUAGCAAAUAAUGAGAAAGUACUAGGAAAACAGAAAAAAGACUUACAAAAAUUUGAAACAGAUCCAAAACUGCAAACAUUAAGAGAUACCAUUCAAGCAUGGAAACUAGCAACAAAAAUCCAUUUUGUUUAUGAAGGCACAUCUAAUCAAUGUGGAUAUGGUAUAGGUCCAACUGGGACAAUGAAGCCUUUUAGCUACAACCCAGAAGAAAAAACUCAAACAGAUAUAACAAGCGCAUUGUAUGAAGGUAUGAGGCGAGGAAACAGCUUCUCCAGUUAAGCUGGUUCAAUACAAGAGUAAUUUAAUUUUUUUGUAGCCCUUACUAACAAACGUAACAAUAAAGUACCAACCACCAUUUUGUUAGUUAUUUAAUUCCCAAAAUCAAGGUGAACAUAUUGAAUGCACGGUAAAAAAUAGCAUUUGUACUUUCCAUAUGUUUAAGUACUGUUGUUGUAGUUGCCACUUUAUGUUUCUAACUUCUCCAUCUCUCCAUAAAUCAGAGCUAGAUUUUAAUUGUUUAUUGUAUCGAAC